ACAGACAGAAUUGACUGACUCUCUCUAAGGUCAAAGGAGGGUGUGCGUUCUCCAUCCAUCCAUGAUUUUAUUAUCCCUCACGCCGGUGGUGGUGGUGGUGGAGGCUAGUGCUUCUUCACUCCGGCUACCGCGACCAUAUUCAGUGUUCUCCUAUACUACCACUUGUCGUCGGUUGAGAUCCAUCCCUUUCCCUUCUCUCGAAUGCUCUUGUCUCAAUACCAAUCCCACUUCCGAGUUGGAGGAGGAGAAAGAAGAAGAAGAAAAAGUAGGGUUGUCGGUUUUGGGAUCAGAGAUUCCAUGGGAAGACAAUAACGUAUGGAGCACAUUCGCUCUUUACAUGUUCUGCCUCCAUAUUCCUCUCAGUUUUGGUGGUUUAUCUCUCCUUUCUCGCUUCCUCCACCUCCCUCUUCUCCUUCCUCAGUCCCCAGUGCUAUCACUUGUCCUUCUCCAAAUGCUCGAACUUUCCCUCACCCUCUUCCUUCUGACGAUUACUGCCAAGCCUCAAUUCAAAUCUAUCCACUUUCUUAACGCUGCUAACUCUACCCAAGAAGAAGGGAGAAACUGGUUGGUUGGAUCAGCUUUGGGUUUCGCACCCUUGUGUCUUUUAUCUUCCUCACUUCACUUGUAG